UGGGGCCUUUGGGAGUAGGCUACCCAACAGGCACCAGCAGCGGAAAAGAAUAAUAGCUACUUGGAUCCAGGCGUUAGGGCAAGGACAGUCCAGCCUGAACGGAGUUUACACCUCUUUUAAGGGGAAAGACUAUUUUUUCUGGGUAUGUUUUUUGGUGUUGGAGUUCAUACAGUAGUACAUCACCGCAUAUUUUUGAUGGGCAUACCAAACUCCGCAAGUUUGCUAGCUGAAAAGUUAGAUAGCUAGCAAACAACAUUGCUAAGUAAUUAGCUAUCUACCUAGUCAAGUUAACUUGACUGGCUGGCUGAAUUAGUUCUAAUUUUGUUUUGUCGGUCAUGAAGUGUUUCACGUAUAUCAUAUGUAUCUACUGUUAACCAUAUAUUUUUUUAGCUCUACAAUGAAAUGACGUCCGGGCUAAAAGUCAGUCAUUUCAGCGCUCCGAAUGUCAAUGCUUAGACUAUUUUCGGAAUGGAGUACUCACAAAUUUACUGCUGCAUUGAUGCCGCCGCCUGCUUUUGAGUUAUGCUUUCAAGAAAGAAAAGUAAAAACGAAGCCUCCAAACCAGCCGAAGUCCACGGAAAAUAUGUGAAGAAGGAGACCUCGCCACUUCUAAGAAACCUGAUGCCACCAUUCAUCCGGCAUGGGCCGACCAUCCCACGGCGGGCCGAGGUUCCCCUCCCGGAGCCCAUGCCUGCCACCAGUUACCAGUCCGUGGGGCCUUCCGACCCCGGCCCUCCCCGGGCUACUGCUGAUGGCCCCGGCGCCGCUAAGAGCUUCAUGCGGCCUCAGCCCCCUCGCUCUGCCCAGGAGGCAGCGCUCAGGGCCAGCCAGCGGCUGUCGGCCCCGCCGUAUGGCUUGCGGGGCCCAAACGAGCUGGCGCUGGACUACUGUGGCUCCCAGCAGUCAUUCCUGACCACGCCGGGGCUGGGGCCGCCCGUAGAGGCCGAGAACGGUGGUGGAGAUGUGUCGGGGGCGCGGUUCUACUACUCGGACGGCCCUCCGCCGUCUGCUGUGGCCCCUGGCUACUACGAGGGCCGCAGGGGCCCCCCUCAGGGCAUUCGUCGUCAGCAGCAGCCUCCGCCGCUGCCGCCUCCCCAGCCCCAGCCACCCCCACCACCGCCAGCACAGCUGCCUCCCCAGGAGCGCUUCCAUGACGACUAUCGCUACUAUGAGCACCACGCCAGCGAACACGCCUUCUCCAGGAUGCCCCCACACACUCCGCCCCCGGCUCAGACCAGACCGCCUGCAGGCAUCGGGCGCAUGCAGGCCAAGUCCCUGGGCAACCUGUCCAGCCCGAGCCUGGGCAGCGGCGGCGGUGGUGGUGGUGGUGGAGAGGAGGUGCCCCUGCCAACCGGCUGGUCAGUGGACUGGACCAUCCGCGGGCGGCGCUACUACAUCGACCACAACACCAACACCACGCACUGGAGCCACCCGCUGGAGCGCGAGGGCCUGCCGCCUGGCUGGGAGAAGGUGGAGUCGGCCGAGUUCGGGGUCUACUACGUGGACCACGUGAACAAGCGCGCCCAGUACCGGCACCCCUGCGCGCCCAGUGUCCCUCGGUAUGACCAGCCCCCUCCCCUGCCCCCUCCGGUGACGUACCAGCCGCGUGUGUCUGAGCGUGUGCAGCCGGUGCUGGUGCCGGCCAACCCCUACCACACGGCCGAGAUCCCCGACUGGCUGCAGGUCUACGCCAGAGCACCGCUCAAGUACGACCACAUCCUGAAGUGGGAGCUGUUCCAGCUGGUGGACCUGGACACGUACCAGGGCAUGCUGAAGCUGCUCUUCAUGAAGGAGCUGGAGCGCAUCGUCAAGGCCUACGAGUCCUACCGCCAGGCCCUGCUGGCCGAGGUGGAGGCCCGCCAGCAGAGGCAGCAGUGGUACGCCCAGCAGCCGCCUCCGCCCAACUCCUAUCCUGUUAACAUGUGAUAGUGCAGGGACGUGUAUAUACACACACACACACGCGCGCACACACACACACACACACACACACACACACACACACACACACACACUGCAUCACCAGCACCAGCCCCCGACGCCCAACUCAUAUCCUGUUAACAUGUGAUGGCAGAGGGACGUAUAUACACACACACACACACACACACACACACACACACACACACACACACACACACACACACGGCAGCACCAGCUCCUGACACCUAACUCGUAUCCUAUUAACAUGCAAUGGCACAGGGACGUGAAAAGUGUCUAACCAUGGCAGAGAAAGGGAACUUCAACAACUUGCUGAAGACGGAAAAAUGGACCCUCCUCAUCAUUUUAAAAGAUUUUAUUGACAGCCUGUUGCCUCAAAUGGCUUGUGUGGAUGUCAUUUUGGCAAGUCAGCAAAGAACGGUGCUGUGCACUUACCUAGUUUGAAGAAUUUAAGGUUUCACCAAUUUUGUUUCCCCCAAGUAAGAUGUACUUUUGGACUUUCUGUGUUCUGGCAUGUGGGAGAAGGAUGGAAGGUAGCAUGAUGGCGAUGAUAAUGAUGAUGAUGAUGAUUAUGAUAGCGGCGGUGGUGGUGGUGGUUCUGGUAACGGAGCUCCAAGCUUUCCCUGGACCAGGGAAGUCCAGCUGUGGCCAGUUCAUGUCGUUGCUUAGAAAGUGUUGUAUUGCCACUCCCCCAGCCCAAUCCACUGCACCACCUCCGUUUUUAAGCUCCUCCCUCAAUAUGUAUCAUACGUGUGUCUAUCCACUUUAUUCCUGCUGUCGCUACUGGGACGACAGAAAAGGGGUGCAGUUUACGGUUUAGCCGAAGACCCACGUAAACAAAUGGGCUACCUAAGCAGCAACUUUGUUGACAUUUGUGUGAAGCACAUUAUUUAAACGUGCUGGUUUUAUUUUCAAUUACACUAAGAAGCUCGGGAACAAGUUGACCCGUUCAUAGCUACAAAAAAAACAAUCAAAUCAAAAAAAAAAAAAACUAAUCAAACUGCAUUUAUGUGUCCGAGGCCACUUUUUCCAUAUCGUAAUCCCAAUCCGUAAGCGUAGACAUUAGACAACUGCCUUUUUCAAGUAUGGUCCUCUCUCCCGCAUGUUUACAAUGUGAGGAUUAAUUGUAUUGAAAUUGCAGCGGCAGAUAACACAACAAGGCAAAACAAAGCAUAAGUGCAACCCCUUUUCUGUGCAUUGUAUGAUGGGACCUAGGAAUAAGGUGGAUACGGCUUGGUUUGAAAUGUUGUGGUUGGCUCGUGGGCUGACAGAACUCUUGACUUGAGGCUAUGACAUGGUCGAGCAAAUGGCAUCCACAUGUCAAGGUACCGCAUAGUGCUGCAGUACAGUGGCGUGUAGUACAGUGACGCUGUAGUACUGUGGCAUUUGGUGACAAUUCAAGUGAAUAUUUAUGGAAUGAUUAUAGUACAUGAAAGCCCGUUCUCUCCUUGACCCCCCUGCAGUGCCUCCGUGAGGAAGGUCCCCAGUUCGGGAACCACUGCUUUAUGCCAAACAAACUAGUGCCUGUGCCACUCAGGCCAAACCCAGCUGAACUGAAAUGAUGAGACUCCUGAGCUCCUGUCAGUGGACUCAAUCUGAGCAACCAGACUUUCUCAUUGUUUACAGAUGUCACAGGCAUUAUGGUGGCUACUAUAAUCUGAAGAUUCACUCCAAUUUACACUACACAAAAGUGUGUGUGCGUGUGUGUGUGCGUGUGCGUGUGCGUGUGUGUGUGUGUGUGAGCGCACGUGUGUGUGUUUGAGAGGGACAGAGGCAAAUUGAUAUUUUUUUAGCUGAUAUAGGCAGCUUUCCUUUUUGCAUAAUGAUUUUAUGUGUGUGUUAAAUGUUGCCUCCAAAAAAAGUUUGAUACUUUAAAAGUAUUUUUAUAAUGGUAUUUCAGUCAUAAUCCUCAAUGUAAAUGUCAACUGUUUUGUUUUCCUCUUCUUUACAAUGUGUCUGUGCUCUUUGGAGACAAUCCUCUGUGCUCACCCGGCGAUCCCCUAACAUAGACCGGGGGUUCAGCUCGGGUUAUAUACGUCUUAUUUUAAAGACGGUAUGUUAUAUAUUAAUGUAUUUUAAAGAUGGUGAACUUUUGGAAGCCCAUACUUUUAGUCUUGCCGAAUGCCUUGUGGUCACAGUGGCUCCUGGCUGGAGCGCUCUGCUUCAUUCUGAAGACCCGGUCAUUAUAUGGUUGGUUUUUUUGUCAUUCAGUGCUCUCUGUAUCAUUAAAAAUAUAUUACAAUCUAAUAUA